GAAGCACCUGUCAUUACAAGUAAACAAACUAUGUCGGCCGGGGAAGUUGGGGAAGAGGUGUUUGUUUGCCAUGAAGCUGAUCUCGUAGGAUCUGACAGAAAACGAGUGACGGUGUGUGGGAGAGAUGUGUUCAUAGUCAAAGUGAGAGGACAGUUCUAUGCCAUGGAUAGUUUCUGCUAUCAUGCAGGAGGCCCUCUACAUUCAGGACAGAUUGAGGACAUUGGUCAGUGGACCUGUGUACGAUGUCCUUGGCAUAACUAUAUGAUCUGUGUGGCCAAUGGAGAAGGAAUAUAUGAGUCAAUUGAUCCAUUCAACUUGAAUAAACCUCCAGAAAUGAAGUCGAAAGGCGUGAAGCAGAGGACACAUGCUGUGAUACGACGGGAUGGCAAGCUGUUUGUCAGGCUGACCAAUAUAGACAAUACCGUGGAAUCUGACCACUACAACUGUCCUGAGUACAGGGAAAAAUACAAUCUGAGGUGACCCUGGGAAAGUAACAAGUUAUCCAUUUACAUAGGAUGGAAGUACCGUGGAUAGGGAUGCUUGUGAUCCUUUGGAAAGUAAUGGUUUCAGACUCUUGUGAUGUUGAGUGUAUCACAGAGAUGACCUAGAAGAGAAGAAUACUGUCGGAGGUGAUCCUGGGAAUGACAAAAGUAAUCUCUUUACAUGGGACUGAAAUACAAGGAACAGAGGUGCUUGUGAUACCAGCAGACGUUAAAAUAUGGUACUUGUUGGUCCCUGCCUGGCGAUCGGCAUUAAUGGGUACAACAAGGACUGGUCGGCUCGGAGUCAGUAUAAUGUGUCCGAGUGGGGUAUUCAU